UCGCAGUAUCGGGCGUUGCGCUGUUAACAGUGCACAAGGUUCACAAGGACAGCGGCAGAGCGGCACCAGAACGAAAAUGGUCAACUGUUGUUGUUCCGCCGGCAAAUGCGGCUGCUGCGGGGACACCAAGUCCUGCUCCGAAUGGUUUAGGAAGAAGCGGGGCUGUCAUGUGGCCCUUAUCAGCAUCAUGUGGAUUCUCGGGUUCAUUAUCGCGGCGCUUAUGGGCGUUAUGUGGCGCGGCGGGCCUGUCAUCUGGACAAUUAUGGGCGUGAUCGGCGCGCUCGCGUGCAUGUUGUUCAGCGGCGGGGGCGCCUGCAUGGGUUGCAUGUGCGCGAACGACAUCGCGCGGGAGGACGACGGAGGAGGUGCAAAGGUUGCUGAGGGCGGCGCGCCGCCGGUGGCGGAGGUUGACCUAGAGGCUGCGGAGCCUGCGGUGGCCGAGGAGCCCGCGGCGGCCGAGGAGCAGUGACUUCGAUGCUCCAGCUACCCCCUGCCCUUACUUGCUACUAUUGCCCCGUCCCCGCUCUGAUCCGAGAUUUCCCUAAGCCCCUCUCGUAAGAAUCUUCACUCUC